UCAUUAGUAUCAUUUGCCUCGUAUAGGGCUGAUACCCUUUUCCAAAUUCAGCAUCUCUAAUUUUGCUAAACAUUCUGUUUUCUUCCAUUGAACAGCUAGCACUCUCUCUGUCUGUCUGUCUCUCUCUACAUUUUGGCUUUUUAAGCCAUCCUAGAAAGCUUUUUCCAUGCCGAAACCGUUCCCAAUGGCGGAACCCAACCCAGUUCGCUCUUCCAUCGACCAUGAAGACCCCGAAUACGCCCCUCUCUCGGGCGGGGCGAAACCCGAGGACCGCCGUCGACCGACCAAGGUGAUCUUGGCAGGCCUUUCCGUGUUGUUAGUUAUCGGCAUGAUGCUCGGUUUCUUCACUGACACGAAGCCGGACUUCUGCACGCAAGCUAAUGAUGCCCUAUUGUCGAUGACCCGGGAAGGAGCGGGGCCGAGGUCGAUACCAGCCGAGGCUGUGGUCAGGCCGGGGGCUCGCGGCGUGAAGGAAGGAGUGUCCGAUAAGUCGAGCAGGAUCAUUGCUGGCGUCAACGUGCCGAGUUUCCCGUGGAACAACAGCAUGUUGUCAUGGCAGAGAACGGCCUUCCAUUUUCAGCCAGAGAAGAACUGGAUGAAUGAUCCCAACGGUCCCAUGUAUUACAAAGGGUGGUACCACUUCUUCUACCAGUACAACCCGGAGGGCGCCGUCUGGGGCAACAUCGUGUGGGGCCAUGCUGUGUCGGAGGACCUGAUCCACUGGCUCCACCUCCCCCUUGCCAUGGUGGCCGACCAGUGGUACGACGUCAACGGCGUGUGGAGCGGCUCCGCCACGAUCCUCCCCGAUGGCCAAGUCGUCAUGCUCUAUACCGGCUCGUCCAACGAGUCCGUGCAGCUCCAGAACCUCGCCUACCCCGCCGACCUCUCUGACCCGCUCCUCGUCCACUGGGUCAAGCACCCCGGCAACCCUGUCCUGGCCCCUCCGCCGUGCAUCAACAAGUUGGACUUCCGUGACCCGACCACUGCUUGGUACACAUCGGGAGGCAAAUGGCGCAUUGCCAUCGGGGCCAAGAUCAACAAGACGGGAAUGUCGCUCGUGUACGAGACCGAGGACUUCAAGAACUACAAGCUCUUGCCGGGCAUGCUCCAUGCCGUCCCGGGGACCGGCAUGUGGGAAUGCGUGGACUUUUUCCCCGUCUCGGAAGACGGGUUGGACACGUCUGUGAAUGGUCCAGGAGUGAAGCACGUGAUGAAGGUUAGCCUCGAUGACGACAGGCACGAUUACUAUUCGAUCGGGACUUAUGACGAGAAGGCCAACACUUGGGUCCCGGACAACCCCGAGAUUGAUGUCGGGAUCGGGAUUAGGUAUGACUACGGUAUAUUCUAUGCCUCGAAGACGUUCUAUGACCAGAACAAGAGGAGGCGGAUCUUGUGGGGUUGGAUCACGGAGUCAGACAGCGAGGCCGCCGAUGUGCAGAAAGGAUGGGCUUCACUUCAGGGAAUUCCGAGGACCAUUGUUCUCGACACGAAGACCGGAAGCAACCUACUUCAGUGGCCGGUGGAGGAAGUUGAGAGCUUGAGAUUAAGCAGCAAAGAAUUCGACAGCAUAGAGGUCAAAACCGGGACGGUGGUGCCUCUAGACGUCGGAACCGCCACGCAGGUGGACAUCGUGGCUGAGUUUGAGCUAGACAAACAGGCCCUAGGGGCGACACCCGAGGCCGAUGCUGAUUACAGCUGCGGCGCCAGUGGUGGGGCUUCUCAACGAGGUGCUCUAGGGCCGUUUGGCCUCCUGGUUCUAGCGGACGAUGGCUUAUCCGAGCAGACCCCCGUGUACUUCUAUGUCGUUAAGGGACCGAACGGCACGCUCAAGACUUCAAUCUGCACCGACCAAUUGAGGUCUUCCGAGGCAAGCGAUGUCGUCAAGCAUGUCUAUGGGAGCUUUGUCCCGGUACUAGAAGGCGAAAAGUUGUCGGUCAGAAUCAUGGUGGAUCAUUCCAUCGUAGAGACCUUCGCUCAGGGAGGGAGGAGUUGCAUCACGGCCCGAGUUUAUCCCACGAAGGCCAUCUACGGCGCGGCACGGGUCUUCUUGUUCAACAACGCCACCGAGGCUAAUGUUAAGGCCUCGCUCAAGAUAUGGCAGAUGAACUCCGCUUUCAUCCGCCCAUACAGCGACCAGUGAUGGAAACGAAAGCAGAGAAAGAUUGGACAUACGAUUCUUCCGCGACAGGUCAACCAUCGGGUGCAUUUUUUUGGAACAUUCCCUGUGUUGAACUGUACAAGAUGGGCAGGGGAUCUCCAUUUCCAUUUUCGAGUCGACAGAGUUGCAAAGAGUUUUCUUUUGCAGAAGAAAAAAGAAAGAAGAAGAAGAAGAAGAAGAAGAAGAGGAGGAGGAGGAGUGUAUGCAAAUGACGCAGUUAAACGACAGAAAAUUCAUAUUUCACCUGACUGUAAUUCUUCUCCUAAGUGUCUAAAAUUUGGUUCUUCUUGUUUUCCAUAGCCAUAUCGCCGUUGCCGCCA